AUCAAUUUUCUCGUACCCGGAUAAAAGCUCAGCGUACACGGAAGUUUCAUCGGAGCUUUGGACUCGGUAGCUUUACAGAUGAUAUCCGACUGACAGGCAACAGCAUGAAUUUCCCACCAUUCGGAGGCCACUUUCCUGGCACGAUACCGAGCAUUCAUCAGUUCACGACCGAAGGCUCGGGCGGCGCCAGUGCACGCUAUGCCAAUCACUUUCCAAAUCAACCACCCAUCGGUGUGCCCGUCGUCGGCAAAUACAGGCCUGAGUCUAACAGUGUACAGAGCCAGUCUCAAGUGAUGAUGAACAACAAGGCUGCCUAUUCCAAUAGCAACGUUCACCAUUAUUCCAAUGUGCCCUACUCGCAAGCUCAGUCUGUGCAACAGAGGCCUUCCAAUUCACCAAACAUGCAGGACAAACGUAAUUAUCAUCAGAGCACGGAAUCCAUGAGCCAACAAGUGUGUAACUUGCUGCAAAGCAACGCCGAUAAAGAGAAAAACGCAAAGGACAAGCAGAAGCAAGCAGCCGAGGAGCAGCAACAGAGAAGCAACGGCGAAGCGACAACGAACGGCCAGCAAGAUUACAUGCAACAUCAGCAACAGCAGCAGCAGCAGCAGCAGCAACAGCAGCAGCAGCAGCAGCAGCAGCAGCAGCAUCACGCGCAUACGCAAACGCCGACGGCCACGAUGCCAGCCACGUGGCAGUCGCUCGCCACACCGGGAUCCACCGUUGCCGAUUACCUCAGUCACUUGCCCGCCAGCACUCUGCCGUUGAGCUUGCAUCAUUUCUUGAAGUAUAGCGCGGGUAGCAUCAAGAAAGAACAGGAGAUGGCACAGCAAACGACCACUGCCGUAGCUGCGGCCACCACCACUACACCUAACAUCAUGAUGUCGCCGAAUAACAAAAAAAAGAAGAAGAAGAAGGCGCCUAAGGAGAAGAAACCUCGGCCUAAGCCUGGCGAAAUACGACUGACAACCGCACUGGAUGGCUCAACCCUCUAUUGCUGUCCUGAAUGUCAUAUGGCAUACCCGGAACGCGAACUUCUGGAGCAACAUUUGCUAGGCCACACGUUAGAGCGACGAUUUGUAUGCGACAUUUGUGGUGCGGGCUUAAAACGCAAGGAUCACUUGACGCGUCACAAGCAAAGCCACAAUCCCGAAAGACCGUACGUGUGUACAGUGUGCCUGAAAGCCUUCAAAAGGAAGGAACAGCUCACCUUGCAUUUCGUCAUACAUAGCGGCGAAAAGCGUCACGUGUGCACGGAAUGUGGCAAAGGAUUUUACAGGAAGGAUCACCUGAGGAAACACACCAGGAGUCACAUUGCGAGGCGUGUCAAAGCAGAGCUUAGCCAAAACACCGGCGGCCAGCAGAAUCAGCAGCAGAGCAACGUGACAAACAGCUUGCAAGGGGGCAACAGCUCAAGUAGCAGCGUUCUCGCUGGCAGUCAUCCGGGUACUUUGCUCUCCUGAGCCCCGCCACCGGGGAACUUUCAAGUUCCCAAUCCGGCGAAUCUGUUGCAUUCCACACCACCAACGACAAGCAGCACCUCGCCCAGCAAUAGUAGCAGCGUCGCGCAUAGUCUUGCAGCUCAUCAUCAUGCUCAACAAUUGGCUGCCGCAGUUGCGGCCGCAAGCUCGAAUGCUGGCUAUCAGGCUGCAGCUGCGGUCGCUCACGAGCUCGGUACUUUUUUGGGCGCUCAUGCUAAGGAUUUCUGAGGUCGGCCCAUCACCUCUAAGAGGUAACCGUUUUGGCAAAUAUGUUGUUGCUGAUUAUGGGUUUCCGACUUGAUCGACGACUAUCGUCGGGCUUUCCUGCAAACGUUUUCCACACGGAUUUUUAAUACUUUCCGGAAGAUUCUACGAAAUUUUAACAUUUCAAUCUUAUCUAAGUUUUCUCUGGUAUAUGAUGAAUAUUAUCGAAAGCUUUUGCGUGAAAGUUUGAUAGUAGAGUCGAUUACAAUCCGAUGCCUUAAAAAACCAAAGGAAUACGAAAGUGACGGUGAUGAUUGAACAAUCUAUGACAAAGCUAUAAAAGUAGAGCCAAGACAGGAAGUGCGUAGCAAAAAAUAUAUAUGUACGCCGGAUAGGAUCCGUAAUUUCACCACAUUGUCGAGGUGUAUACGUGUAUGAAAUACCAAAUUUCUACAUAGAGAUUUAACUUAGGGAGCCUGAAACUGAGAGCUGAAAAGAAAAAUAUUUUUAUGCUAAAAGCUCGGCGCAAACUGGAAGAUUUUUUCCUUGUACGAAGAGAUGACGGAAAGCUGGUUUAUCAGUGCGAACAUAAAAGUGCAACACUCCGUGAACUUGUUCUUCCUUUUUUUUUUGAUAAUUUUUUAUUCUACUUUUUUCGUUGUUGUACUAGAGUGCGUUCUAGUUUUCGUUCUUUUAUUUUACAUGUGUAUUGGAAAAAAAUACAUGUCUAAUCGUUGAUAAUACUUACGUUUCGAUCUUAAAAAUAUUAGUUAACUUAAAGAUCUCUUAGAUUUAUUCAUGGGCAUUUCUUUCUUUCUGUUACACAUCACGUUGGUCGACUCACUAUGAUUUCGUUUGAAGUUAAGCCGUUGCAGUUAGGAAGAAUCAUUCUCAACUCGUACUCAUACAAGGCCUUAGCACAGUACUAUAAAUAGUAUAGCGAAAGAAAAAUGACGAAGUCGUGGCAAUAUUUUUUUAAGAUCGGAAAAUCGACUUCGACCCAGCGUGCGCUCCGAUUUUCGUUCUUUUUUUAUCUACGUUUAAUCAAUGUAUAUGGCGGAUAAUGUUAGUUGACUGCAGUAUUUUAUACUUUACGCUCUAGUGUUUCGAUGAACGUUUUUGUCGUCCUUAAUGAUACUUAUUAUAUAUGUAGCAUUGAUAUUGUAUACAUAUUAGACUGUAAGUUGAUCAUUUUUUUAUGAAAUAACGUCCAGAGUGAUUUUUUCCUUUUCUCUUGUCAUCUUUUACUCUUUCUAAACACUGUUCAACUUUUUUGAGAUCCCAGCAAUUUUGAAAAUUGAAUUCUCUGUCUAGUAAUGUCGUUACUAAUUUGUACUUAGACACGUGCCAUUUUUUAAUCGUUCCUUACGAUUCCUGCCCCCAUUUCAUACUUUGCGAAUAACUUUAUUGAAGUGGUUACUAUAUGUAAACGUACUGCCAAGCAUCACAAGGUUUUCUUCAAUAAGACUUUUCCGUCUAAGUGAUAUUACUGUCUGCGUGCAAAACCUGUUGAUCGAAAUUCGCGAGAAAAAAAUUGAAUGAUUGCACGACCGUGACAUUUCACGUUUUACCAGUAAGCAAGUACCAUUAUAUAUUUAUUACCUCCGCACAUCCUAUACAAUUAUCACACCUGCACGCGCGCAACGUUCAGCCGUCGUACCGUUUUCAUUCUAGUCGGUCGGCAACUCGACGCAACAAACGCGAUUUUCCUAUAGUCUAUUACUGUCUGCAACCGUUUAAUUUGCCUACGUAUACGUGCAAUCGAACCACCAUCAAGAAUUUUCAUUUCUCAUUUUUCGACACGAAUAUAAAGAGGGCGAUGCAGAUUUCAGGGCAAUUCAGGUUUCGUCAGAUCUCAACGUUGAAAACACGCUAUGGCAUAAAAGACAACUAGUUUAAGCAUAUAAUUUGAAAAGCUGCAUAUUGGUUGAUUAGAAAUACUAUCUGAAUAUAAAACCAUAAUAAAAGAUAAGUGAGCCGUACUAAUCUAAUCCACCGACAUUUUUAAUCGUAAAGGAUUAAAGUAUGAGGUAAGAGAGGAGAAAAACGGUACACCUUAGAUCAUACGAUUAGAGAAUAAGUUUGUAUACAACGUUACUUCAUUAGCGAGCGUGAUAAACUUGUACGAUUGAAUGUUUGUAUAUGCGUGAUUGUUUCGAGCAAACACUAGACCUGUAGUGGAUUCAUUUUGGCGUGUACAUAAGAGAAAAUACGUUUCUGUGAACAUAAACAAGCUUUAAUAUCGAUUAUUUUCGUAACGUAACUUUAGAAUGCUUUUGCAUGUGAUAAUUUAUUUUUGGAAUGCGAUGUGCAACAAACGAGAAAAGUUUAGAAGAGCAUCUCCUUGUCCAUCCGAUACACUAACAAAUAAUUUUGUUACGCGUGAAACAAAAUCGAUGCAGAGGCAAUUGUUGACAAGGAGAAUCUAUGGUCGUUUUGGAACGACGAUGACAAUGUGAUUGCUAAUAUUUGUUCUUCCUUUUGUAUUAGUAAUUAUUUUCGCGAUCUACUUUCAUUUUGCAUUGCACUUGCUGUCCGUUAUUUUUUCUUAUUGCACGUGAAAGCUCUUAUGUAUAAGGAUAUAAAUUCACUAGAUGUAGAUUAAGUAUUUUUAAUAAAAGUACAUGAAAAUGAAGAUACUUAUGUGACUUUUUGAAGAAAGAACUAUCGUGGCUUUCUAUUUUGUAAAACCGAAAGUCUGUAUUUUGUAAUAACGAAUGAAAAUGUGUUUUUGUAUGCUUUUUCCGAAGCAUCGCGCCUAAAAACCUUCAGUCGAAUAAUAUUAAACAUUUUAUCCGUGACAACAUACAAACAAAAGUCUUUGAUGGUCAAUUCAACGAUUUGCUCUGUUCGUUUUUGCUAAAAUUUUGAGAAAGCAAUGAGCGUCAGAUUUUUAUAUUUUUCGGUUGUAUGUGAAAAGUGAUUCGAAACUCUGUCGACGGGCUUCGAUGACUUUCUGAGCGUGCGAGUGGAAAUUUAUAAUGGAAAAACAUAUUUUUCUAUGGUGUCAAGAUUCUUCGACGAAACGAUAAUAACUUGAAUAACUUGAAGGAAAAUGGCAAAAAAAGGGCAAGAAUCAUUCAAAUUGAAUUAAAUUUUCUAUAUUUGGAGAGAAAUCCUUUCACUCGUCUAAUAUGUUAAAGCGCUUGAAUGUAUAAAUUUACAAGACCAAAUGUAUUUUUAGAGCACAGAAAAGUAGGUAUAUAUUUUUUGUAAAAAUCAAUUCAAGUCAAAUUGUUGCAUUUGCAAAGUAGAAUAGAUAUUUUACAAACUCAUAUUGCUCUUUGCUUAUAUUUGUUUGCAUAAAUCAAGAUUGCAGUAAACGGAUUUCUCGUCGUUCAUCAAACCUUUAUUGUAAACAAAUAAUCUGCCAGCAAUAUUUUUUAUUUUUUGCAAAAAUACAAACGUAGAAUGGUCGACAAUAAGAACGCAUAUUUUGAAAGAUUUCAGCUCGUUCCUAUUUGCCAUUCUUUUCAGUAAACUUUUUGAUUUGUUGAACAGAUUUUCGGAUGCAAAAAUACCGAAAGAUAAGCACUUGAAAAAUCGAAUGAAAAAAUCUGUAAGUGAAAAACUAAAAUAAUAAUAAUAAUAAUAAUAGUAAUAAUAAUAACAAUAAUAAUAGUAUUAAUAAUAUUAUUAAUAAUAAUAAUAAUAAUAAAGAAUGAAGAAAUGAUGGAAUGAAUAAAGUGCGAAGCUACACAAAGUCCUCGACAUAGUACAAAGCAUAAUAACUGUUUUUCAAUAGACUAGCGUGUAAAUGGAGAAAACUAAUGAACAAUAGUAAGUGAGCAAUAGCUUAUUUGUGGAAUGCCUUCGAUGACGAAAUGCUAGAAUAAACUGUGGAUUGCACAAAGAACAAACAGACAGA